GCGUGUUUCUAUCUCGCCUGCGUGCGGUUCCCGAUUCUAUUAUCAGUCCUCUAUUGUCGCGCUCAUCGUGUGAUACAGUGAUACGUGCGUAAAACGUUCCUCCGUUCGUCGGACGAGGUAUAUCCGAACCAGAAAUAAGAAAUUGCCGACGCUUUUUAACCGUCGUAAUAAAUUGUUGGAACGUAUAGAAAUAUUCGGGAGAAUGUCGAGUGAUUAACAACGAGUGAGACACGUGUUGUUAAUCACGAUUAUUUUCAACUUGGACGAUUGUAAAAUUACUUAACAAAGUGCUGUGUCGAAUAUUGUAAUUAUCGAUUAAUACACGCGUUAGGAACGUAAAGUUUUUACGACAAGACAAUAAUAAGUCAAAUAACGACAAGCUUCAAAAAUCUAUGGGAUAAAGAAACAAAAAAAACAAAAAAACUGUGUCUAUUUCUUACAUCACGGAAGGAUAAUAUUAUCAGUUGUGAGAUGUCGGUAAUUUAAUUUUCUAAAAGUGCAAUUUUAUUCAUAGCAAAUUUGAUCUAUUCGUUGAAGUUCGUUAAUUUUCUGAUUUCUAAUUUUACUCGAUAUCCAAUAAAUAAUAAAAUAGACAACAAAAAUCGAAACACUUGUAAAACGAAAUAAAGAAUUUCGUGAAUUCGUGCGACUGAGAUAAAAAAGAAACAGUAAACAAAAAAAAAAAAAAAAAAAAAUCGACACACGCUGACGCCAUGUGAAGUUGGAUUUAUAAAAAAAAAAAAAAACAACAGAAAAAGAAGACAAUGUAUAAAAUCGUUCCGGUUCGCUGUGUUUAAACGAUUCUGAAUUUCCCGCGCUUCUCGAAUACAGAGACUGAAUAUUUGCGCGGGUAUUUCGAAACGAUCGGAGAUUGAAAUUCGACCCGUAAGUUCAGUCGGAAAUUUCUGAAAGCUUUAACACGGUCCUAAAACCGGCUUUAUCGCUGUUUGUCAAGUGGGUUUUAUGCCGGGCUUGAUAAAAUGAAACAACGCGAGAGCGAUUCAAUGCAGUCGUGAUUACCGCUGGCGAAUUCUGAAACUCCGUCUGACGCUAACUCGGUUCUACUACUGCGAGUAGAAAAGCUCGGAAACUUGAACGUCGUCGCGCUGAUUGUGAGAAAACCGUCUCGCUGACAAUAAAACAAUUCCUUUUGUCGUUUUGAAAGGCUGACCGUUAUUUGAACUCGGUAAAUUCGAUUCUCGGUUAGUUUUUCGAACUUUGAACCGAACGAAAAGAAGAUGAAAAUGAGAAAAAAAUUAUUGCAAAUGAUAUAAGCAGUAUCUUUUCGUCAUUUUGGUUAAUAAACAAGAAGUGAAAUCAACAAGGGGCGAAUAAUAAAUAAUCCAAAACACAUGUCGUAAACACGAUGAGUGAAUAUCGUGCUUUAAACCACCUUCAUCAGCGACGUCGACGCUGAGUUUGAAAAUAAAUAUCAUCGAUCGAUCCAGAGCCAAAUAUAAAAAACAGCCGCGAGCUUUUCGCGUUCGACUCGUAAAAAAAAAAAAACACAACGAAUCAAAGUCAAAGUAUACCGUAAAAAAAGUGUUAGAAAAAAAGGGAUUAAAAUUAAAUACCAGAAACCAAGAUAUCAAGCACAGAGCUUGAGUUAAAAAUUUAAUGUGGUGAUAUACGUUGGUAUAGAGUGAUAAAAAUAGGUGACAAAGCUGUGAACGAUCGAAGAAAAGGAACCAAUAUGAGGUGCUUGGUGGUGCAGACGGUACUGAUUACAGCAGCAGCUUUAACGAGCGUCCGAGGACAAGGGAUCCCGCGAACAAUUUCGGAUAGGCGAGGAGGACCGCCCCUUCAGGUCAGAGCAGUUCAGCACGGAACAGCGAUCCUUCCUUGCGACUUGAGACCACCGCAGGAAAAUGAUUCCGCUAUUCUCGUCGUCUGGUACAAAAACGACAUCACGCCAAUUUAUAGCUACGACAUGAGGCCGAAACACAACGAGCAGACGCCACAUUGGAAAAAUCCAGAUUACCUCAACGAACGGGCAACGUUCAAGGCGACAACGGAACCCGCGCAUCUCGACAUCAAUCGCGUCGAGGAGAACGACGAAGGAGAUUACAGAUGCAGGGUUGACUUUACCAAGAGCCCGACCAGGAACUCCAGGGUUCAACUAACCGUAAUCGUGCCGCCGCACAAGCCCAACAUCCUUGAUGACAACGAGAGGACGGUUCCUACGGUCGCUGGUCCCUACGUUGAAGGUGGACUCAUGCGGCUCACUUGCGUUGUCUUCGGAGGUCGACCUCAGCCUGUUGUGAGAUGGUGGAGAGGCGAAAUGCUUCUCGACUCUGAAGAGGAGGCGAGCGAAUCUUCUUCAGGGCCCCGAAGAAAUACUUUGGUCGUCACGAUGCUGACCAGGGCAGAUUUGCACGCAGAAUUCACCUGCCAGGCGUCGAACAACAACAUCAGUCAACCAGUUUCAGCGUCCGUUCGAAUCGAGAUGUACCUGAGGCCAAUGAGUGUUCAGUUGCUCGUCAGCGAUUUGGCGCCCCUCAGUGCUGAAAAAAAGUACAGCAUAAACUGCAUGACAUACGGAUCAAGACCACCGGCUAAAAUCACUUGGUACCUGAACGGCAAGAGCUUGGACAACUACUCGGAUACGAUAUCGCCGGACACGAACAUGACCAUGUCGACCCUCAACUUCAAGGCCACGCUCCAGGACCAUAAAAAGAAGCUGACCUGCCGAGCCGAGAACAACAAAGUUCACGGAGGCGUCGACGAGGCCAACUGGGAACUGGACAUUAAUUUCGUCCCUGUUCUUCGACUUGAGCUUGGAUCGAACAUGAACCCCGAGGAUAUCGAAGAGGGUGACGACGUCUACUUUGAGUGUAAAGUCCACGCGAAUCCCGAGGCUUACAAGGUCGUCUGGAAGCACAACGGAAACGUUAUACAGAACAACGCGAAGAACGGCGUUUUCGUUCAACGAUACGACCUCGCUUUCAGAAAGGUGAACCGCUCCCAGGCUGGCAAUUACACCUGCGUCGCAAGCAACGUCGAGGGCGAUGGUACCAGCAACAGUGUAGAGCUGAAAAUAAUGUAUAAGCCGAUUUGUCUUCCGGACCAGAAGUUGGUCUACGGUGUUGCGAGGCACGAAGAGGCGCGGGUGAUUUGUCGCGUUGAGGCUUACCCGGCUCCGCACACCUUUCGAUGGGCUUUUAACAACACCGAAGAAAUGGUAGACGUUCCUCAAGCCAGGUACAAGAACUCAACGAGACGAACGCAGAGCAUCCUCACUUACAGACCGGUCACCGAAAUGGACUAUGGAAUGGUGCUUUGCUGGGCGAGCAAUACCGCUGGAUUACAGAAGAAUGCGUGCAUGUUCCACAUCAUUCCUGCACAGAAGCCAGAAUCGCCGUACAACUGCACGUUAACAAACCAGACGACGGACUCGUUAUCGGUGGAAUGUACAGCGGGGUUUGACGGUGGUCAGCAGCAGUACUUUUUUCUUGAAGUAUUCGACCAGCACACGGCGAUACUUCAGGCGAACAGGACGUCGAAGGAUGCUGCCUUCACGGUUGCUGGCCUGGAGCCAGGAAAAGUUUUGAAGAUGGUCCUUUACGCCGCGAAUUCAAAGGGGCGAAGCAAAGAGACGCUGCUCGAAGGGUUCACGUUGAAGGUUGCCGAGAAGCAGACUGGAACACCGAUCCCGUUCGAAUUUACACCGCUGUUAGGAGUCCUCAUCGGAGUAAUAACUGCCCUGGUUCUUGUGACCCUUGUCAUCCUCGGGGCUCUCAAACUUAAGAGCGACCGUCGAGCUCAGCGACCAGGCGACCUACCCCUGAAGAAAGCAACCGCUCCUAGCGCCGAGGAACUUUACGACACUGAUGAUAGGAACCCGGACGUUGUGCCGACGAACAAAGAUUCAGAUUACCAGCUCACCGGUUCGACCGCCGGGACGCCACUCGCCGUUCAGACAACCCCCGAUGGACAGUCGGCCACGAUGCCAGCUCACCAGAUCAACCAUCUCCAAGGUCUUCCACCCACCUACCAGAUCAACGAGUACAACAAUUAUCCCACUUUACCGCUUUCGGGCGAGGUGACGUACGCCGAGCUUUGCCUGGCGCGUCCGACGACCCUUGCGACGACGGGAAUGGACUCAAAAUUGGGAGUAAUCGUUGGGGGCAAACCGUACACGAAGGAAGCGACGGUUUACGCAUGCAUAGACCACAGCGUGCGGCAGCCAACGCCGCUCGGAUUUCAGCAACAGCAACAGCAACAGCAGCAGCAGCAGGAUUCCGGCCUCGUGACGCCCGGAAGUGGAAUAAUAUCGGGGAAGCACCACCCCCGGGAGGUUGUAACAGUCCGCACACCCCUGAUCUCGAGUCAGGAAAGCUGCGUAUAGGGCAGGGAUUGCGACGCGCUUAACGUCAACGAGUAUUACGUCUGAGGAAACCGAUGAUCGGUUUUAAAUCGCCCGCCAAAAACAGCAAAAAAAAACUAACAAACAACUAUAUAAAAAAGAAAAAACAUUCUUCCUCCCACCACACGUUUAUACGAGAGCGGGAAAUUGGUCGUUGCGAAUCACGGGGCGCGUCGUUCGGGGAGAAAUAAUUAUUAAUAUGCAUAUGUAAUUAUUAAUUGUUCGUUCGCUUAUGUGAACGGUGUUGAUUCAGUAGUUAAUAUCGGUGAUUUGUAUUAGGGAUGUACCGGUUUAGUCGGACAAGACAGAUUAGCUCAAAGUUGGCCGGUUAAAACGAUUGGUCGGCCAGAAUAGUUGGCUGAUUAAACGGUGCAGCCUGCCAAAAUUAGUCAAUCGGCUAAUUUUAAACGGGUAAAUAUAAAAAUGUGUAAAAUUAACGGGCAAAUGAUUUUUUUUUUCUUUCAGAUUCGAACUUGCAAGAAGAAUAAGUUUUGUUGUUACAUUAACUUUACAGAAUUAUUGUCAUCCAAUUGUCCGAGGUGACUAAAAAGUUGAUCAAUCAAUAAUUAAUAAUCAGUUAAGCUGAGAAAAAAAAUCAACGUUCGUAAAAUCGUUUUACUUGCUUGGAUCAACGUUUCAAAGUCACUUAUUAAACUCUGCAUAUUUUCGAAUAAUUUAAUAAGUAUUAUUUUCCAACUGUAGUUAGUACAUUAUUGGGUGAUAUUAAAAUUGGAUUUGCUCAGCAACUUCUCUAAUUGCAAGUGAAAAACGUUUAUUUAUGUGGUAUUUUGAUCAGAAGUUCGAAUCCAAAAGGUGAAAAUCUCAUUUUCUUGUUUGUUUUCUGCAUUUUUAGGUUUGGGCGGUUAGAAUUAGCUAAUUAGUUAUUUUUGCUUAGUCUGGCCGGUUAGCCAGUCGACUAUUUUGGACGGCUAAUUACUUUAGCCAGCUCAUUUUCGGCUAAUUAACCCGGCUUAAUCAUACAACACUAACAUGUACAUCUAGGCUUUUUAUAUAACGGCUUAUUGACAUGAUCAGAGCUACCAAAUUAUAUCAAUGUUACAAAUUUCAGUUUAUUCCAAUUUUAUCCGAAGAUGUUAAGGUCCCUGAAUUUGAAUAUUGAUUUUUUUUAACCCUAGAUAACUUUUUACAAAUAUCGUCACCCCUUUUUAUUGCUUCUGAUAUCAUAAGCCUCACAUUGUUUAAUCCGCUUACGGUAAAUAAGGAUUGAUUUUUAUUUGGUUUUUUAUUUUAUUUUGUGAAUAAAUUCCAUGAAAUUCUUUCUUCAAUUUCACUUUCAAUCUCUGUAUAUACGUUUAGGGAAUAUUAUUUCUACGACAUUCAAACGACGUAAAUUCAGCCAAAGCUUUUGAGCUUUUCUGUCGAGACUUUGCACUUGAUACAUCAGUUAAAACCGUGGCCACUGAACACUAAGGCGAAACGAAGUGAAGGGUGAUCGAUCGACGACGGCGAUGCCAGGUAUGAGUAAAUAAAUAUAUAAUAUAUCUAGUAAAUGGCGAGGGUGAGAUUAUGAUGAAAAAACUCACCCGUCGAAUGAAAUUCGCGUAAAACGAAACUUGACAUGGCCGCUGUCCGUCGAUCUGUUCGGAAGCUUAACCAAAUUGUAAAUGUAAAUUUUUUCUUAUACGAAUGCAGACUAUAAAUAAUAGUUCGAGAUUUUGGAUAUGUAUAAUAUAUUGAAUACGUAUAAAUGAAUAUGAUAUUUAUCGGUACGUAGAUCCAAGUUGUAAAUAUACAAGGUGAGGAUCGAUAUAGGUGAAGAAAAGUUGAACAAGUGAAGUUAAAUUGAAUUGUGGAUAAUUGAAAGAAAUUCAGAUGAAUAUAGUUAUAGUAAUAACGAUAACAAUAAUAUUAUUUUUAAAAAAAGAUAUGAAAAUAAUAAUAAUAAACCAAUUAAAUGAAUCAGUUACAAUAACAAGCGUAAGGGAAAAUGAUAAAAUAACACAGAUUAUAUGAGUACCGUGAAUUUUAUGUAAUUACGUAAGGAAAGGUAUACAUACAUAAGUAAAUGUAUAAUACUUAUAUA